UUUGAUAUUUUCUGCUGGUAUUAGAGCGAUUACUGUUUGUAAAUAUCUUACCCUUUCUGCCCCUUCCCCCCAAUCCUGCCAAGCACACUCAUUGAGAGGCCUUUCUGUUUGGGCGGGUUGGAAGGGAUGGGGUUGGAAGCUCUGAUUGGUGUAAGGACCUCAAGUUUCCUUUCGGUCUAGUGUGUCUUUCCCCCUAGGUAGGUCAUUCUGGGUAGAAUAGAUGGGCUGGGUGGAGUUGCAGAAAAGACACACCAUUAGUAUUACCUUAGGCUCCGCUAAGAGGGGCACAGACUCCAGGAGUGGGGGUUAGUUGGGGAGGGAGGAAUACAAUCAAUAGGCCUGCUGUAUUCUAUCUGCCUUGCCUGGGCCACAUUUGGACCAUUUCAAUUCUGGACUCUAAUUUUUAAAUCCAAACGGGGACCUUUGAUGAAGGGUCAUGCAUACCAUAUAUGGGUCAGUUAAAGAGGUUGGGGUUCAUUUGGUUCUCCAGGGACAUGAUAACUGACCUCCAGCUGUUUGAGGGGUAGUCAAAUGGAAGAGGAAAUGGAUUUGUUCUCCUGUCCCAGAAAUAGAAGCAAUAGGUUAAAGUGUCAGCCUGAUUUAGGAUCUCUAGGAAGGAAAAACUAGCAAACAAUUAUCUAUCAAAAGUGGAAAUAGGCUGCCUUGCAAAGUAGUGGGUCCUGUCACUACAGGUCAUCAAAGAGGUUGGAUGACCAGGAAUUUCUGAUUUAGUUAAAGAGAGGCUCCUUUAAAUGACUUGAAAUUGUUCUGUUCUUGUCCGUCUGUUGGAGAAGUGAUACUUAUUGAAGUAUAUUUUGGGCUAGGUAACUUAACCCAGCUCUCAGAUUAAUUUUGCUUUAGGCAAGUGUUAAAAAUUGCAUAGGUAAAGGACAAACAAGGUUGAGGGAAAGGGUGAUUAUAAAAAGAUAUGCCAUAGCAUUCCUUUAAAUAGCAAAUCCAAGUAGGAUAUUUAAAAUAGGGCUGGCAUCAUCGUAGAACAUUUUAGAAAUUUUCAUCAUGGAAAGAGCCCAGGUUUACAGACCUGGUUAUGCUACUGACUCACUAUGGGAACUUGAACAGAUUUCUUACUCUUUCUGGGUGUCAAUGACUACUGCAAAACAGGUUUAAAUUAUCUUUUAAGGGGAAACCUCUUCCAUCUCUGAUUUUCUAUGAUUUUUGUAAAAAUAUUUUUCUAAAGUAAGGUACAUCCACAGUGCAUUACUGUCUCCUGUUGGGGAUGUGGAGUGGAGGGAUCAUCAGGCUUUGUAGAUGAUUAUAAGGGGCAUGAUUUGAGGAGCAUCAAGGAGCUGAGCUGACUUGGGUUUAUACUUUGAUUUCACAAUAAAUUAAAAUUUUUAAAUAGCAAUAAUCAGUUAUUUUUAACAGUGGCAAUGAUUUUUGGUAUUUUAAUGGGUUCAUUUUACAUGCUAGCCUGCAGAGUGGGGUGAUUCAUUGUCAGUGUGACUAUUAAUCUUUUUGUAUGCCAAGGGUUUAAUUGUCCUUGUCUUGACUAGUGAGGUCUAUCACUCAGGUAGGUGGGGGCUUGUGCCUAAUAGGGUAUUGACUGGAGAACCAUGGGUGGGGCCCAUCAUCUGAAAACAUCUGAUUCUGAUUCUGCUGUCCCUAAAGCAGGGACAAUAGAGAACAGGGGCAGAAUGAUGGAAAAUGGAAGUUAGUAUACAUUUUGUUCCCAUAGAAAUGGAUCAAGAUGAUCCCGGAGAGGCCAUGGCAGAACUACAGGAACGCCACCUUGGGGGACUGGGUAUCUUACAAGUGGCAGCUGGCACUAGUUUACUUGCCUAUGCAGUCUGGGCAGGGUUACUUAUGCCUGGUUUCCGAAAAGUGCCCCUGAGGCUUCAGGUUCCCUAUGUCCCAGCAAGUAGACAGCAGGUAGACAAUGUGAUGAGACUUCUCCGGGGCCGCUCUGGCAAGAUGGUGGACUUGGGCUCUGGUGAUGGCAGGAUUGUUUUGGCAGCAUACAGACAAGGAUUCUGUCCUGUUGUGGGUUAUGAACUGAACCCCUGGCUUCUGCAGCUUUCCCGGUUCCAUGCGUGGCGCGCUGGUUGUGCUCAAAAGGUCUCCUACCAGAAAAAGGAUCUCUGGAAGGUGAAUCUGGCUGACUGCAAAAACAUCACAGUCUUCCUGGCUCCCAGUGUGCUACAUCUUCUGGAAAACAAACUACUAGAGGAAUUGCCUAACGAGACACGAGUGAUAUCUGGUCGAUUCCCUCUUCCCAACUGGGAGCCAACAGCCACGGUUGGUGAGGGCCUGGACAAGGUUUGGGCUUACGAUAUUGGAGACAUCCGGCAAAACAUGGAGACAAAGGCAACUGCCUUCCUACAGGGAACACCUGUCUAGAUUUUUGGGGCUCCCUUCAUGAGAGGGGCACUCUACCUUAUAUGUAAAGCCCCUUAUCUUAGGCAGCCCUUAUUUGAACCAUGGAUUUCCCUCAACUACAGAGAACCAGGAUGUGUGCCUCCCCAGGAUAGAGCUGAUCUUGGUCAUUGUACUUGAGGCUCAAAAAAUUAUUUGGAGCCAACACUGAGAGAAGUAGUUCAGGAUCAUCUCUAAAGAUUUUCAUGGCAGCUCUAAGUUAGAACUGAAACUAGUUUCCUGAGAUUCACAUUUGAACACAAUAAAAUUUUUCCAUUUUGA